AUGGGAAGCGCCGGGCGGGCUGGAACCGCGGGCUCAUCAGGAGAUUCCGCUUGGAGCCCUUUUUCCGCUGUGAUGUUCAUCCCCAGCGUGGUCUGCGGAUGCCUGGCAUAUUGGCAGUACGAAAGGAUGAAAUGGAAGGAGGAGCUCAUUCGUCUGCGAGCCGGCAUAUCAGAUGCGGAGGCCAGAGACAUCUUUGCAGAUAGGGACAGGGACCAGCAGCAACCUCUGAAGGAGUAUGACAAGGUGCUGGUCCGAGGGCGCUUCCUGCACGAAUACAGUUUGUAUGUGGGUCCGAGACCGCGCAGAUUUGCAAUUUUGAAUCCGGAUUUUUCAUUGGUCUGCAGCGUGCCGGAAUCCGGGAUCCAGGCCGGCUACCUUGUCGUCACGCCCAUGGUCAGUGCGGACAGGAAGGGCGUGGUGCUGGUCAACCGCGGCUGGGUUCCUAAGACCUGGAAGGAGGAGGCGGAGGCGAAGGCGGCAGCCAAGUUACGAGCAUCGACAGAGGAGGCAGAGCGGAAGGCGCCGGCGCCGGCAGCUACCCCACCCACCGCAACCCACUCACCCACCGCCGCGGCUGGUCGAAGUUGGUGGAGGAGCUGGUUUGGUGGCGGCAGGGGGAAAAGCACGGCCCAAAGCGAACCACAACCAGCGCAGCCCCAACCCCCCAAGGUGGUUCCGGAGCCUGAGGUGGUUGUGGGCGUUAUUCAGUACGACGAGCAGCCAAGCAGCUUCAUGCCGGCCAACAGGGCGGAGGUUGAGGAGUUCCAUUUCAUACAACGGGAAACGAUGGCACGUGCGCUGGGUCUGCCACCCGACACGCCGCUCGUCAUGGCCGUAUCAACCGACCCCGCCGCCUCGCAAGCCGUACAGAAACGCUCCCCGCUGGCGGAAGCGCGCAGCGCCGCUGCCGCCGCUGCCGCUGCCGCGGGGCCAGCAGCAGGCAGUGACGCUCCCACCUCCCCCUCCGCGGCGCCCGACUACCCACUACCCAAGUACGUAUCCGACCUCCUCCGUUUCAGCACCAUGCCGGGCGAUCACCGCAACUAUGCGCUGAUUUGGGGUACUCUCUGUGUCGUGUUGGCGGCGAUGGCGCGGACUGCCGUAAUCAAGCCGUUGCGGGGGCCGCGGAUCGUGGAUGGUCCCGGGGGCAGCGCGCGAGAUGCCUGGAAGGCUAGCCAGGCCAACUAG